GUGACGUGCGAGGCGGGAGCGGCGGCGGGGAGAUGGGGCGGUGCGGGGCCGCGUUGCGCCUGGCGCUGGAGGGGAACAUCGCCGUGGGCAAGUCCACGUUCCUGCGGCUGCUGGGCAGGGCGUUCCCCGAGUGGCACCUGGUGGCCGAGCCGGUGGCCCAGUGGCAGAAGGUGGCAGCGGGUGCCGAGGAGGCUUCCGGCUUUGGCAACCUACUGCAGCGGCUGUACCAGGAGCCAUCCCGCUGGUCCUUCACCUUCCAGACCUACUCCUGCCUGGGCCGGCUGAAGGCGCAGCUGGAGAGGCCAGCAGGGCCUGCGUCACCCGUGCGGGUGUUCGAGAGGUCUGUGUACAGCGACAGGUAUGUCUUCGCAAAGAAUCUCUUUGAGACUGGCCACCUGGACAUGCUGGAGUGGGCCAUCUACCAGGAGUGGCACUCCUUCCUCCUGCAAGAGCUGGGUGACCGUGCCACCCUGCAUGGCUUUCUCUACCUGCGGGCCACCCCACAGAGGUGCCUGGAGCGGCUGUGGCGGAGGGCGAGGGUGGAGGAGAGGGGCGUGCAACUGCUGUACCUGCAGCAGCUCCACACACAGCACGAGCGCUGGCUGCUGGAAAGGAGCACCAGGGUGCAUUUUGCAGACAUGAGGCACAUGCCCAUCCUGGUGCUGGAUGUCGAUGGGGACUUUGAGCAGGAUACAGCCAUGCAGGACAUCCUGAUGGCGCAGGUAGAGUCUUUUGUGAAGUCACUGCAAACCAAAACUGUGCCACCACACCCUGACCCCUGCUGAGCCCCACACCCCCAGAGCUACCAAACCCUACUGCAUGGACAAGGGAACAAACCUGGGUACUGCUCCAUUUGGGGGCUAGAGGUGUAUUCCACCAGUGGCAUGGAAUGCUUUUAAAAGAGUAUUGGGAGGUGCAGCGUGACACAUUGGGAGACCCAUGCUCUGCUGUGUUGCUGUCUCCAACACAUCUGUUGCUGCUCAGCAGGGAUCUACAGCUGCUCUGCAGCAUGGGUUGAACGUGCUGGUUCUAUUCCAAAUGAAAAAAUCUUUGUGCUUUUAUAUGUGUUACGGUUACAUCAAAACCCUGUUACUUUCUUGUUUGCCCUUUUUUUUUUUUUUUCCCCACAUAAAUUAAAACCAAAGCAUUGCAAAGCUCUUCUGUGCUUUGAACCAGGGAGGGACAUGGGGGGGAACUUGAUCCCUGCACUGGUCUGUAAGUUGAGGCUUGAGCGGGGGUCACCCCCCUAGUGCCACCCACAGAGGACAAAGUGUCCCAGGGAGGGUGUUGGCCCCAUCUCUCCCUUUCCUUGCAGCCCCCUUCUAGGGGAUGGUGCCAGGAUUGCUUUUCUGGGGAAAAUGUUUGGAAAGUUGCACGUGGGGGGAGUCUUCAGUCUCUUAAAUCCCCUUUUUCCAGGGCCAGGUGAUUUUUUUCCCCUAAGCGGCUUUUAGGGCCAGGAACAACUCCUGCAUCAAUAAAAAAUAAUAAUUAGUCAAAGGGG